UUGUUUUAUUUAUUUAUACAGUAUAGCCAUACUCAAUAAUUUUAUAUUUUAACUAAAUAAAGUAGGGGCCAGCCAUUCUUGAAGUAUCCAUUUAGUUUAGUCCAAACCUAUUUUCAUCAUGGCCCCAUGACAGUAUAUUUUAAUCCCAAUUUUCAAUUUUUUAAAUAAUCCCUCCUUAAUGAUUAUUAUUACUUUUAAAAUCCUUUUUUUUCAGGUGUACCUGUACAAACUGUGUACCAAUGCCAACAGCAAAGGAAUGCAUUUGUUGCAAUGAAGUCACAAAAAUCAACGAAAAAAUGGAGAAAGUUGAUAUGAAGGGUGAAUGCAUAACACACCAUCCUGGCUUCAGAGACAUUUGCCUGAACGAAUGGGUGUUACAGGUAGCAUACCUGGCCUACAGGCAGCAGUAUGGAGCAAUGGCUGCUUUACCUCACUCAAAUGAAGAGCAGUAUCGGCAUGUGGCAUAUAGGAAUCUGGUUCGCUUCUGUUGGGGCUACCUUGGCAGGGAGAACAGAGUUGUGCUUCCCUCAUGUGCAGUUGCCAAAAUAAGACAGCAAUUCCCUAACCCAGAAAAUGAUGGCUACACCGGAUUUCAAAGGAGAAAUAUUGCAGAAAUUUGA